GAAGAAGAAGAAGAAGAAGAAGAAGAAGAAGAAGAAGAAGAAGAAGAAGAAGAAGAAGAAGAAGAAGAAGAAGAAGAAGAAGAAGAAGAAGAAGAAGAAGAAGAAGAAGAAGAAGAAGAAGAAGAAGAAGAAGAAGAAGAAGAAGAAGAAGAAGAAGAAGAAGAAGAAGAAGAAGAAGAAGAAGAAGAAGAAGAAGAAGAAGAAGAAGAAGAAGAAGAAGAAGAAGAAGAAGAAGAAGAAGAAGAAGAAGAAGAAGAAGAAGAAGAAGAAGAAGAAGAAGAAGAAGAAGAAGAAGAAGAAGAAGAAGAAGAAGAAGAAGAAGAAGAAGAAGAAGAAGAAGAAGAAGAAGAAGAAGAAGAAGAAGAAGAAGAAGAAGAAGAAGAAGAAGAAGAAGAAGAAGAAGAAGAAGAAGAAGAAGAAGAAGAAGAAGAAGAAGAAGAAGAAGAAGAAGAAGAAGAAGAAGAAGAAGAAGAAGAAGAAGAAGAAGAAGAAGAAGAAGAAGAAGAAGAAGAAGAAGAAGAAGAAGAAGAAGAAGAAGAAGAAGAAGAAGAAGAAGAAGAAGAAGAAGAAGAAGAAGAAGAAGAAGAAGAAGAAGAAGAAGAAGAAGAAGAAGAUGAAAAAAAGAAA